UGACAGCCUCCACAGCUCCGCCCCCUGCAGCCUGAUCUCCGUUCUCCAGGCGAGGAACAGUUCAUUUCAAAUGACACUGUAAGUACUUGUCGUCCAAAAAAUUAAAACUAAAUACGUCCGCUGAAAUGGUCUGUGUUUGAGAUACUACCGAAGCCAACAUUGUUUCGGGAACGGCGGCGCGCAUUACCGGAGCAGACCGGAGGUGCAGGUGUCGUCGUCACGCAGCACAAUGAGCGACCGGGGAAUAACGGUACACCGGAGCCGGUGAUUAUUUAAUGAGUCUCCGUUUAAGGGUUUGGUAGAUGGAGUGAGUGUGUCCGUGUGCUGCUCCCUCAGCCUGCCGUUGUCCACAGGCCGGUGAUCCUGCUGAGGAUAUUGAUCUUCUUGCUACACCAAUGAUGUGGUCAGCCCGCUCAGUGGACAACGCACUAGAAUUUACAUUUUAUCAGCUGGAGUGAAAGCAAACUGAAAGCGUUAAAGGAAAAAAGAGAGAAGUUUCAAUUGUUCAUGCGCCUGUUUGAGUCAGCUGGGCAAGAUGAAUAAAGACAGACCCAAACGGAAUAUCAUCAAGAAAAAAUAUGACAUCAGUGAUGGAAUGCCGUGGUGUGAAGAACGUCUGGUUCGCAAAGUUCUUUUCCUCUCCCUCAGGGAAUUCAGAGACAAGCACCGUGCCACACACAAACACAUGACUCACAAACGUACACACAAAGGCACACUGAAGAAAACGCUCUUACAUGCUCCACAAAAUGCACUGAAGCUACCAAACACAGACACACAGAAAAACACACGCACGAGAAAGAUCGCACACACACAACAUAAAGUCACCUGCAGACGACCAAACGCACACACACAGAAAAAUACAAACAAUGCACAAAAUACGCACAUUUCAAAACACCUACACCCUCAAGAACGCACAAAGAAAGGGCAAGAAACUGACUUGUCCCAGGAUUCAGACCAACCAAAAACCAAAUGUCCUCACACACUACAAAACAUGCAAACACCAUCAAAGCUGUACACAGGGAAAGUUUCACACGGAGUACAGCAUACACAUCUUCAGCAUGCACAUGUUUUCCAGAAGAAUUCUUUAUCAACCAGGACUCUACGCUCACACACAACACAAAACACGCUGUUGAUGCUGAACUCGAAAUACACAGACUCUGCAAAACACACACAUACAAAUCAGCACAAACACUCCGUGAAAAACACCUACACACCUAAAACCACACAGACGCUGCUGAGCACUUCCGUCCCAGCCAGGACUUUGAGGUCACACGCUCCCACAAGACUCAGCGGCUCUCUGGUUACCAACAUCAGCCAGCCUCAGUCCCUUCUGUCCACCAGUACGAGCUGGAGGUGGUCCUUACAAACACGUCCUCAGCAUCGCCGCCCUGCUAGGAUCCAUUGUGAUAAAGACGACCCUGCCAGCAAGAAACCUCGGGUGCAAGCACAGAGGAAGUUUGCUCAGUCUCCUCCAAGCUCUCCAGGGCCAUCGGUGUUGAUGGCAUCAGCACAAAGUAAUCACAACCUGGCUGUAGUCACCUGUCUGACCAGACGUCGACCCAAGACUGAGGACUUCUUGUCUUUUCUCUGUCUGAGAGGUUCUGCAGCGUUGCCUAGCAACAUGGCCUUCUUAGCCAGUAAACGAGAGAAGAUGCCAGCUGACAGUCAGCUUCUUACCUCCUGUCUGUCUACCAAUCACAAGGCUGCAGCGGAGGGAAAACACAUUCGCAUGCUCAAUAGAACAACAGUGCAACAAAGCUCCAGGUGUCUGAGUGGGAGGCCUGCUGGCUCUGCAGUGGUCAACUCUGUCUGCCCUCUAACAGCCCGAGCACAGAGAAGAAAAGAGAGAGAGGAAAGAGAGAAGAAACAGCAGAGGAGGAGGAGGGAGGGGAUAAAUGAAGAAAGGAGUAAAGGGGCUGAGAGACACCUGCUGAGACCUCGCCAGCUCUCCCUACAGGUCAGGAGGGCUAACAAGGUUGCCAUGCUGACUAGAUUCUCUGAACAAAGGACCUCCUGUGUCAGGCCAGUCACUCCAUUAAAGCCUAGACCAGAGGUUGGCAGCAAACAAUCACCUAGGCCCUGCACAACGCCUAGCAGUACUCGUAAAUCAAGAUGCCAUCCCCAAAGCAGAUCCCAGGAAACUUGCAAGAAACACGUCUCCCUACAUCGCAACCACCAGAUGCCUCACAGUCAGCACCUUUCUCUUCACCACCAAACAGUCUGCAACUACUAUAGCAACCCCAAGACCUUCAGUAAUCUCCAGAACUCAGGAAGAACUUCACACCAGGCUCCAGCUCGCACACCAAUGACUAAUGACUUAGUUAUCAGACAGGUAGGUGAGAAUCAUGCAGUCCUGAGGCUGUCUAGAAGGAGGAGAGGCCUCCCACCAGACACUAGCACUACCCUUCCAAAUCGGGCUCCUUUGGACAUUAACCCGUUAAAGAAGUGCAGGAGAUUGCAGUACAAAGACAAUGAUGGCUCACUGGCGAAUGACUGCCAUAUUGGUCAGAUCCCACAAAAAGAGGACAACUGUGGUGAAGAUGUCAGAGAGGACCAUGUGAGCCAUAUGGGUAAACUCAGUGGUAGUCAUGACAUAGAAUGUAUACAAGACAGAUGUUAUCAUGUUGAAGAAGUGAAACUAGAGAGUUUUAGUGAAGACUUAAAGGAAAAAGAAAAAGUAACUAUGGAGCCCCCUCAAAAAAGGGUAAGCUUUACUAAUGUCAUCACGGACUAUGACCUCACUCCUGUAAGUGAAGUAAUUUGCAAACAUGUCAGAGAAAAAACUCUCCAAAAAAACCCGUUGAUUACAAUCUCAAAGCCAAUUAUGGAAAGUCAUAAUUCUGGGAUUGUUUCCAGAGCUGCUACUGCUAGGACUAGUGCAGCUAAAGCUGCUAUCAACUCAGUGACAUCUACAUAUAUAUACACUGAACCUGCAAAGUACACUGCUAAGGGUUCUAACAAAGGUAUGAGCAAGGACAUUACCAAGUGUACUUCACCAGCCAGCAGUAACUGUAUUCAUAAUUUAAAAGGUGCUGCAAAAAAAUCUUCCAGAGGUACCACCAAGGAUGUGACCAAGGACAAUGGAGCUGCCAGUAGCUAUUGCAACAUUUCCAAAGGUUCUACAAAGGUGCUUACCCAGACCAAGUCUACUACCUCAGCUAUAAGGACCAGGUCCAGUCCUAGAAUCAUCCCAAAGCGUUAACUGCCUAAGUUACGUAUGAAAACUUUACAGAUUGAUUAUUCUCUACUCUGAGAAUAAGACAAUUAGAAAAAUGUUUUAAACAACACUGAAUACUUUGCCAGUGCAUGAUGCUUGUUGGCUGGUUAGAUAGCUGGUUGGAUAGUGAUGUGUUCUCUGCUUUUGUCAAUGAUUGUGGGAUAGUUUUAUUUCUGUAAAAGUGAAAUAAAGGGAAAAAAAUUCAAUGAUAUCUAUUGGCAGACACUCUGUAUAGAGGAAUGUAUUCUUGAGUGAGUUCUUAUGCUCCCAUGCUGUAUCAGAAAUACUGACUUGAUUGGUGUUUUUUAUUAUGACAUGGAAAAUGCACUAGUUUUAAUAAAGCACAUAUUGUAACCUAA